AAAAAAAAAAAAAAAAAAAAAAACCUUCUUUAUUGUCUUUCUCUUUUAUUUAUACAUUUAUAUGGAAGAAAGGAAGCAGCAGCAGCAGCAGCAAGAUAUCAUUCCUUUUGAAGAGUAUAAGCUCCCUCCUUUAGGUCAUGCUAUCUCGGGUGCUGUUGGAUCUACAAUUGCUAAUUUAUUCAUAUAUCCUUUAGAUAUAGCAACAAUUCGACUACAAUUAAAAAAAGAGGGUGAAAAGAAAAAAACGGGUAUAUUAGAUACAAUUAGAAACAUAUACAAAAAGGAAGAUGGACUGCAUGGCCUUUAUGCUGGAUUAGGCUCAGAUACAUUAGCUACCGUUUUGUCUAGCUUUAUUUAUUUCUAUUGUUAUACUGCUUUAAGAAAUGUACAAGAGGUGAUGAAUAAAAGUAUAGGUAAGCCCUAUGCUCGUCUAAAUACUGCUCAAGAAUUAUUUUUGGGAGCAGAGGCUGCCUUGAUUUCGAGAUUGUUUACGACACCUGUAUCAAAUAUAACAACUAGACUUCAAGUAAGUCCAAAAAAUGGAUUCAAAGAGACUGCAUUUGAUAUUUUUAAGGAAAAGGGGCUCACUGGCUUUUGGACUGGUUAUCGUGCUUCUAUAAUAUUGGUUACAAAUCCUUCUAUUACUUAUUUUAUGUUCGAGAAAAUAAAGGCGACCUUUUUACGUACACAGAAAAAGACACAUUUAACUGGAUUUCAAGUGUUUUUAUUUUCUGCAUUAGCAAAAAGCAUUGCUACUAUGGUGACUUAUCCUUUUAUAUUUACUCGCGCUAAAAUGGUAGGUGAUAAUGGUGAUAAAAAAGGUAUAUUGGAAACGAUAAAAUAUGCUGUUCAGAAGGAUGGUAUAUCAGGACUCUAUAAAGGAAUGCAAGCACAAAUCAUGAAAGGAUUCUUUAGUCAAGGUAUUAUGUAUAUGAUUAAGGACUAUGUUGCCACUUAUUUAGCUCUUGUAUUUUACCAUUCGUUUAAAUUAAAAAUGAAAGCUACUGCUGCUUCCAAAUAAAUAAUAAAGCUCAACCCUUUUUUUUAAA